AUGGAUAUGUCCACGCUUACAUGGACAGUAUUCGCGUUAUUGGUUAUCGCAAUUGCUAUCGCUGCCUUGAAUUUUCUUGGAAAUCGAACAAAGAAAGACACAUUUCUCUUACUAGGUUUAUCUGAUUCGGGUAAAACUUUAUUAUUUCUUAAGUUACGACACGGGUCUUCGGUGAACGUGCAAACUCACACAUCUAUGAAAGAAAAUGAAGGCCAAUUUAUAAUAAACGAUAAUGGUACACCAUUAACAAAAAACCCAACUCAUGUAGUUGAUGUACCAGGACAUGAAAAAUUACGGUUCAAAUUUUCAGACUUUAUACCUAUUACGCGUGGAAUUAUAUUUGUUAUCGAUAGUUCAACUUGUGCAAAAAAUUCAAGGCAAAUUGCAGAGUAUCUCUAUGACAUAUUCUCACAUAAAAAAGUAAAAAACAUUCCUAUGCUAAUCGCAUGUAAUAUGAGUGACAUGAUUACAGCUUUACCACCUGAACGUAUACGAACAAUAUUAGAAAAUGAAAUAAACCGUCUACGAGUAACUCGCACAGCUGGAUUAGAUCAUCAAGAUUCUGUAGAGGAUGUAGAAUUUUUAGGUUACGAAUCAGAAGAUUUUAAGUUUGAGCAUCUGGAAAAUGAAGUUGUAUUUGAAAAAUGUUCUGUCAAGGAAGGUGAAAUUAAUGUGAUUAAAGAAUGGAUUGUAGAUGCAUUCCAGGGUGGAAAAUAA